AUGAAUUUAUCCAUUUCAAGCUUAAAUUCAAAAGAACCACAAGAUGACCAACUGAAAAAUACUGUUGGCUCUAAUUCUGCCAAUAACGAAGACAAUAGAGAUAGGAAAGUUUUACUGCAGUCAAAUAAUAUGCACCAUGAUCGCGUACAGAACAAAACCCCCACCAAUAACAACAAACGCAAAAGAAGGAGAACAACGGUUGUUUGUCUGAAUUGCAAAAAAAGAAAAAUAAAAUGUGAUCGACAGAAACCAGCAUGUGGAAAUUGCCUUAAAAGCAAUGCUGCUCAAUUUUGUUUUUAUGCACAUCCAGAAUGGGCAAUAGACAAUCAAAUAGAGUGUUUUGAUGAGGAAAGGGAUGAUAAUUCUAAUCCUUAUAAGAGUAAAAGUCCUGAAGAAAAUGAUAUGACAACAAAAUCAUCCCCCAGUAAAAGAUCUUCACUAUCGGAAACAUCACCACGCGUACAUUCUACUGCCAACCUUGCUGGUGUUUCCUCAGGCACUUUUCAUAAUGACUCUUCUUCUACUAACCAGGAAAAAUUUAUGCAAGAAAAAUUUGAGAUUAUUUGCGAAAAAUUAAAUAUUUUAAGCCAAGAAAUUCAAAGUUUAAAAAAUAAACAUAAUAAUACGGAUAUAGGUGACCCAUUUAACUCAAUAAGUAAUUCAGAAAGUGAUCCCUACACCGGAAGUAGUGACCCCAAUCAUAAUAACCCAAACUUGCUAAAUUUUAGGUAUAAUGAUAUAAUUGAUUUCCAUGAUUUUUAUGAUUCUUAUGAAUCAAAACGCUCCACAGAUAUAGACUUUAAGCCGUUAACUACUACCUCUAUGUGUUCCAAGGAUGUUUAUAUUUCUUUAAUAUUUAAGUACUACAUGGCUAGGAAAUGGUAUAUAGAAUUAUUAGAGAAACCACAUGCCAAUGCUACCAGUAACAGCAACAAAAAUAAUACCCAGGAUGAUAGGUAUACGGAAACCUGUAAUCCGGAUGGUAGUUCAAACGCUAAUUCAUCUCAGGAUAAGAAUAUGUUAGAUAAAAAGUUGCCUCAUUCUAUGGUAGAGACAAUGUUAUUGAAUAAUGAUAAACCUUCCCUUGAGGAAAAGGCCCUUUUAAAGGAAUUUUCAAAGCAAAGGGAUAAAAGAUUCAGCACAUUUAAUAUACUAGGCAAUUAUUGCAACAAUCAUUUGGAUUUAAAUACAACUAAUUAUUUAAAAAGCGAAAUUAUUGAAUUAUUACCUAGGAAGUCGGUACUUGUUUAUUAUUUGGACAUUUUUUGGAAAUAUGUUUACCCGCAUCUUCCAAUUUUAGACAAGAAUGAAUUUACCGAUGAAAUAGAUAAAAUACUUGUAUGGGAUGAAGAGAAGAAGGGAAACAGUGGCGGAAAUGGCGAUGGAGAUUAUAACGGCAGCACUGAAGAUAAUAGGAAAGUUAUACAUCUUAAGACUAAAGAAACAUUUGAUUUGGCUCGAGUAGCUAUAUUAUUAUUGGUUUUAAGAUUUGCAUUUAUUUCCAUAUCCACACAAUUGAAAAUGAGUUCUAAAGAUAAAAAAUACAUUACACAGAACGCAAUAAGUGUGGACAGUGUUUAUUUGGCAAAUAAAUGUUUAUCCCGGUUUAAAAUUUUCAGAAAAACCAAAAUAAUUCUUCUACAAGCCUUAUUGUUGUUAAAAUACUACACUUUAUUUUCACCGGAGGACGGAGAUGGUGUAGAUUUCACUCAAGGUGUUAUAGUAAAUACUACCAUUGCACAAAUGGCAUAUACUAUGGGGUUAAAUCGGGAUCCUUCCAAUUUCUCAUAUUUUGAAAAUAAAGAUGAGAGGAAACUGUACUUAUCUAGGAAACUUUGGUGGCAUCUUGUAUCCAUGAAUAGAAGACAUUCCAUAAUAAGUGGUAAUACUAGCAUUUUUUUAAAUUGUCUAGUAGAUACAGAUGUUCAAAUUCCUGCUCCGCCCCCAUCCAAUGAUUCUGAGUUGCUAGAAAAUACUUUUUGCAAACUGACUGAUAGUUCGGAAUAUAUUGAAGAAUUGUUGGCUAGUAUGAUAGCAUUGGUAAAUAGGGUUCGUGAUGUGCCUAAAGUUUCUAGUAUUUUAAAAAUUAUGAAUGAUGUACAAUAUUACCUUGAUUAUUACAACUUUAAUAUUGAAGAUUUGAAAAUAAUCCCUCGAUGUGACAAAAAACAGGAAAAGGAAAACGGCGGAUCUGAAAUUAACGAAGAACAAAUUGUUGUAAGCUUAAUUAACUGCAAAAUUUUAGAAUUACAAUUACUUUUUAGGAGUUGUAAAUUACUACUCUACCAUUCGAUUUUUUUACAUUAUGAAUCAAUUAAAAAGGAAGAUCAUGCAAAAGCGUCUGAAUUCUUACUUAAAUGUUUAGAAGAGUUGGUUGCAUGUUGUAAUUUAUCACAUGACUAUUUAUCAGGCAAAUAUGAAAAAUAUAUUUUGUAUAAAUUCAAUUUCCAACUAAAUAGACUGGUGCAAGUUAUAGUGGAACGGUGUUGUUAUAUGUUUUCGUCUGUUUCUUUAAGGUGUUGUUGUGCUAUUGAUUUGAAGAAUGAAACAGAGGCGAAUAACAAUAUUUAUGUUAAUACUUUUGAAUUAUGCCUAAAAAUAUUUAAUGAAAUGGGAUCCAUUUUAUUUAAUAAAAUAGGAGUAAAAUAUUUUCAAGGGUAUAAGUCAUUGCUUACACUGAGGUUCAUUUUAAAGUUUCUAAGUUAUUAUCCACCAAACGCUACGUUUAACGUGAUGUUCCAAUUUUUGUUGGGGUUAUAUGGACAUAAAAAUUUUAGAAACACAAAUACAGUUUUAACUAAUGGUGCUGUUAUGCUAAGUGAAAAAUUUAAUGAGUUGGUUAUUAAUUGGAAUUUCCAUUCCAUUAGACAAAAAAAUAAAUUUUUCAAAAACACCAUUGCGGAUACUACUGUCUGUUUGAAAGUUUUGAAAUUACUAGAAAACUCAAUACCUUUACAAAACAGACUCUAUGAAUAUAAAAAUAACAAUGGGAACGAUAAUAUUGCCUUUGGGAAUCUUGAAAAUAGUAAUUCUGAUAAUGGUAAUGGUAAUGGUAAUAAUGAUGCUAGAAACAAUACCCAUCGGGACAAAAUGAAACCUUUUUCAAAGAAUACAGAACAUCAAUCAAAGAAUACAUUUAAUAAUUCAGAUGAUUUUGAUGAUUCACUGCCCAAUAUAUUAUCAAGUGAUAAAAUGGUUUCUGAAUUGAUUCCAGGUCUAAUAGAUGAUUUCCCAUUUGAUGAUUUGAAAUUAUUGGAAGAAUUUGGUAAAUUUGAUUCUCAAGCUUUAGAUUUAGAUAGUUUAGUGGAUUUGGAGGAAUUUAAAAAGUUAUUUGAAGAAAAUAAUGACAAAACUAAUAUAUAG